AUGACGAAUGAGAUUGCUAGGAAGACACCUGAAGUAAUCUCCCUGAAGGUGGAUGUGGAUGAACUGAGGGUAAGCACUUACAUACACAAUGUGGCUGAGCAGUGGUCCAUUAAGGCUAUGCCAACCUUCCUCUUCUUGAAAGAAGUUAAGUUGGUGGACAAGAUUAUGGGUGCUAAGAAGGAAAAGCUGCAAGGAACCAUAACCAAGCAUUUAAACACUGGUGAUGAAUUAGAACCUUCUAUUCACAUGCAAAUGAAUGGAAAUUUACCCACAAAUUCUAUUAGCAUUUAUGAUGAUGUUUAG